AUGGCACUGAUUGAAACAUACUUGACGUUGAGCAUCGUCACAAUAGUCAUAAGGAUACCUCAUAUUCUUACGUUGGACUCUGUGUUCAAUGCCAAUGACAGCACUAUAAAGGAGAUUGCAAAGAGUCACAUCAAUCUGGCCGUUGUAGUCAAUACCCUAUUCACUCUUCUUAUAGUCUUUGGCAAGAUAAUUCAAUAUAUGUUCUUUGGGAAACUACGAGAGAUUGAAGAGAGAAACUUCAAAGAGAGAUUCCUAUUCUACAUCGUCACCAAGUUCUUUAUAUUCGCGGUCAAGGAUCAUGAGCUCAUCUCAACACUGAUGUGGGGCUUCUGGUUCGCCGUUCAAUGUUUCCUCAAACAGUUCUCAUUGUUAGCCAGAGACAGAUUCGAAUAUCUGAAUACAUUCUCACCAAAUACACAUGUCAAGAUACACUUCAAGUUGCUAUUCCUGCUGGUAUCAAUCAUGUUCUCGGACUUGGCUUGCUUCUACCUUUCAACCUCGAUGUUCUAUAUCUAUGGCCUAUCCAACUUGAUGAUUCUAAACUUUGAGUUCUUCACAAUCUUCUUUGAAACUAUACAGACACUUGUCAAGUACUCUAUACAUCUGUUUGAUAUGGCAUGGACAGGUGUCUGGGAAAAAAGAGGACAAUAUAUCUACUUUGCAGAGUUUGUCUCUGACUCUAUAAUUCUUGCUGGAACAUGUUUCCACCUGAUUCACAUCGUCAUCAUACAAGGAAUGCCAACAUUGUUGGACUUGGUAUUGUUUAGUUACUUUAAAGGAGUGUUCACGGAGCUGAGGCGAAAGAUCAAUGGAUAUAGGAACUAUUGUAAACUGGUGGAGGAUAUGGAUACAAAGUAUUUGAAUGCUACACCCGAUGAAUUGGAGAUAUACAACGAUGACUGCGCAAUAUGUAGAGACCGCAUGGACUCUGCAAAGAAACUACCAUGUGGACAUAUAUUCCAUCACUCAUGCCUAAGAUCAUGGCUUGAACAACAGACUUCAUGCCCAACAUGUAGAAGAUCAUUGAUUGAGUUGCAGACUGAGGAUGGACAACCAUCCACACCAAGACAUAAUGGUCAACCAUCGACAUCAACAUUUGGUCAUCAUGGAUCGACAUCUACAUCAACUACUACAUCAACAUCAAACACACCUAUAUCAAUGGCCAUUCCAUACUCUGUGGAGGCAUCUACUGUGCAUGAAAUGUUUCCAGACACUCCACUCGAACUCAUACGUCAAGAUCUGGUCGCCACCAAUAGCGUACAGAGCACAAUCAACAAUAUAUUGGAGGGAAGAUUGGUAGUGUUAGAGUCAAUCAGUGAGGCAGACACUACUACAUCACAUUCGACAAUCAAUAGUGGAGCGCAACAACAACAGAAUAUACAGAAUAGUAAUCCAGUGGAUCAAGCAUCAACUUCAUCAUCCCCAUCUUCAUCUUCAUCUUCAUCAUCCUCUUCUUCAACAUCAAGAUGUAUUGAUCAUACAGCAAUCGAACACAUCACAACCAACAACAACAAUGACACAUGUAUAGAUAAUACAACAAAUGAUACGUCAAAGACGACAACAACAGACUCGAAUGAAACAACAGACAACAAUAAGGAUGAUAACAACAGCGAUACAACAACGACACCAAACAACAACAAUAGUUUAGAACCUUUAGAACCUCCACAACCACUAGAGAAGUUCGCAGACAGUUUCAAGUCAACGGCAAUGGACAGACAUAAUAGUUUAAUGCAGCGAAAGAAGUUGAUGUUGGAAGCGUCAAGGCGGAUGUUCUUAGAGGAGAUCAACUAA